AGAUAUUUUGGCGUCGCCAUAUUUCUUCAAAACACAAAUAGCUGUAUUCAAGUUUCUUGUUGUAAUUUAUCAAAGUAGCAGGCUUUUUCUUUUGUAUUAUAACGGCAUACGUUAGCGAGUGUUAUUUCCUAGCAAAUAACUCAAAAUGCCUAUAACGCGUCAGGUGAAAAACGUUGUGAAGAAUUAUUCAAAUGUUGAAGUAAAGGUCCGUGAGGCAACCUCGAACGAUCCUUGGGGCCCGUCAAGCUCUUUAAUGGCCGAUAUAGCUGACCAAACGUACAAUGUUGUCGCUUUUUCUGAGAUAAUGAUAAUGAUAUGGAAACGUUUAAAUGACCACGGAAAGAAUUGGCGGCAUGUUUAUAAGAGUUUAGUUUUAUUGGACUAUAUUUUGAAGACCGGCUCGGAACGUGUUGCACAACAGUGUCGCGAGAAUAUAUUCGCCAUUCAAACUUUGAAAGAUUUCCAGUUUAUUGAUCGAGAUGGCAAGGACCAAGGUAUGAACGUUCGUGAAAAGUCCAAGCAGCUUGUAGCGUUGUUAAAAGAUGAAGAACGUCUCAAAAAUGAGCGUACAAGAGCCAUUAAAGCAAAGGAGAGAUUGGCUCAGGCCGGUGGUGGUUCCAACAGGCUGAAACCAGGAUCCACACUUAGAGAAUCAGGCAGUGCAAGUGAUGUCCGUGUUGAGAAAGCAACUGAAGCUUCGCCAGUUAGCAGAUCUUGGGAACCAGAACGACGGACUUAUAAUUCUGAAAUCGAGAAAAGUCGACCGUCGAAUAUGAACGAGGAAGAGUUGCAACUUCAGCUCGCCCUGGCUCUAAGCAAACAAGAAGCGGAUGAAACCCAACAGAAGAUGGACAAAGAUGAGCAACGUUAUCAAAUGGCUCUUAGUGAAAGUCGACAGAAUAGCUUGAAACGGCCGGAUAACUCAUUGUUGAACAUGGCUGGAACUAGUAGUUCAACUGUCCAAGCGACUGACCCUUGGGGAGGUGCAAGUGCCCCUUCCAACCAGCCGGUAGCAGACCCAUGGGGUGCACCACAGCAACCACAAUGGGGAGAUCCAGGUGCACCACAGAUAGAUCCAUGGGGUGGAGUCCCCACAGUCCCACCACCCCAACCGAGUCAUCCUAUGUCAACGCAAGCUCCCACAAGCCAGGGAAUGGUGAUGCCUUCUGAACCUGCACCAGUGCAUGACCCAUGGGGCAGCACUUCAUCCGCAACAACUUCAGUUGCCCCACCGCUUCAAACAGAUCCAUGGGGUGCACCCUCACAACCACCCACCUCUUCAUCUGGUAAUCCAUGGGAUCAUGACCCUUUCAGUGAACCACCAGCUAGUGCAUCAACCAACUUGUUCAAUACCCCCUCGUCGGAUCCCUGGGCUGGUCAACCAACUUCUAAUGGGGCACCCGGUAAUGCACCAGCUUUUAAUAUGACAAGUGUUGCUAAUACCUUGCCCACCAAUACAAAACAAAAAGAUCUUCUCUCGGAUCAUUCAACCUUAGUUAACCUCGAUUCAUUGGCUAGCGUAAACAAAGAAUCAAACCCGUUCUUCAGUCCCACCCCUCAACCUACAAAACCAGGAAACCCAUUCGCACAAGAGAAGCCUGUCGCACCCUCACUCAAUCAACUUCGAACAAAUCCACCUCCCCUUGUCCCACAGACGAACCCUAUCCCCUUUGGGGACCCCCUCCUACCAGCCCCACUGAUUCCAAGUGGAUCAGCACCUGAAGCCAAAGCAAGUAACCCAUUUCUGUAACAAUCGACUUUGUUGAGAAAUAUAUACAGAAUUGAUGUUGAAGGCAAGUCAUCUUGAAUUGAGACCGUUAUUUGUCAUCCACAAAUAUUUUAAGGAAAUCAAGAAACUUGUUUUAUAUAGCCAAUACUUCAAGUGCAGUAAUAUUAUUAGUCAGUAUGGCAGGCCAAGUUUUCAAUUUUGAUGGUCACAUUGUUACACAUCAUGCUGUAGGAUAGGGAUGUUUUAUCAUUGAGUUAACUGUGCUGUUUAGUGUUUUCUGAAGGCCUGUUCUUUAUUACACAAUCAUUUUGCUGGAUUUUUUGUUCACGUUAACAAAAUAGUGUAGUGGUAAACAAGCUCAAAAUGUUUGUGAAGUUGAUCACUAUGAAACGAUGCCUUACAUUCAGAACCUAGGCUUACCAAUAUCCAAUUGAAAGUAAAUACAGAAACAAGGUUACCACGAUUUGGAAGAGCUGGGGCUUACACCAAUGAACUCUAUUACUCUAGCAUAUAGAGUCCACUGGUUUACACCUCCUCUACCUAGAAAGUGCCCCUGUAGAAAUAUCAAUCAUUCUGUCCCAUUCCAGGUUUAUGUUUCAAUUGAUGAAAUCUCCAUUGGUUCAAUGAAUAGUAUUUAAAUUAGGGAUUACUUUAUUAGUCUGUAGAUAUAGGUAUUUCACAUACACAUCCAUGAUCAUUUUAAGCAAAUUUCUAGCAACCAAUUUCAUGUUGUAAUUAUGUAUGCUGUAAUGAUGAUUAAUAUUUGCUUGCACAGUUUGUUGAAAAAUAUUAUGCAAUAUAAUGAUACUGUAAAAAUUCCAA